AUGGACAUUUUCUACAACGUGGAAACGCAGGACGAUUUGAGUGAGAAUUUUAGCGUAACUGUCACGGUACUUAUCACGAGUUGCAAAUUUGUCAGCUUAGUCUUAGGGCGAAAAACUAUCAUAAAUAUACUGGGUCUACUGAAGAAGAAGCCGUUUGUGCCGGAGAACAAUGGGGAAGUAGAAAUUUACGCGAAAUACGACAAUCUAAUCGAAAGAAUCGCAAUGUUCUAUACAAUUCAAAACGCAUUCUGCGUGCUUUCUUUAAUAGUAGCGACAUUGAUGACUGAUUUCAAAUUUAAAAAAUUAGCGUUUCGCGCCUGGUUACCUUUCGAUUUCACUUCCUCGUGGUUUGCGUUUUCUAUGACAUUCAUUUACCAGUUCGUCGGUUCAAUGGUCAUUUCUGCCGGUAUCAGUAUUUUCGACACGUUGUUCGCCGGCCUGUUGCUUCAAAUCUGUUGUCAAUUCGAGAUACUGGUGAAUCGCCUGCACAAUAUCGGAGGAGAUGAAAUUCAAUCGUUAAAACACUGCGUUCGUCAUCAUAAUGCAAUAUACAGUAAUUGCAGAUUCGCCGAAAUUGUGAAUAAUUUGUUUAGCAAAAUGAUGUGCGUGCAAUUUAUGGUAAGCGCAGCCGCCAUAUGCUUCAACGUUUAUCGAGUAACAGAAUCAAACGCAGGUUCGCAAUUAAUAGGCUCGGUAUUGUUCAUUUUUUCCGCCUUACUUCAAACGUUUUACUUUUGUUGGUUCGGAGAUUUUCUCGUAACCCAAAAACCUGUCGACUUUUUAUCUCUGCAGAGCCUCGAUAUUCCUAAUAUGAUAUAUCAUAGCGAUUGGACAAAUUUGAGCAACGACGCUAAGAAGAUGCUUCUGAUAAUCAUGGCACGUUCAUUGACGCCUGUUGAGAUUACAAGCGCCUAUAUUUUACCAAUGAACUUGGAAUCCUUCAAGGGUGUCAGUAUCUAUGUAGAAAUACAUUAUAGCAGUGAGUGGAAAAUUAGAUUAAUGCGAAUACUCAAUAAAUUGAGUAAUUCGCAGUGUGAAACAGAUCUGAGCUUAAAAUACUAAGCGUAGCUAUUGUAUUUAUUUAUAUCAUUUUCGUUGGAUCCAAAGGUCCUACCUUUUGAAAUAGAUGGUCAUUGCUUGGUAAUUAGUUAACAGCAACACAAAUUUUAGCCACGUGUUGAAUUUAUACCUCAAAUAAAUGGAAAAUGAUACAAACUUGAAAAAUAUUACAAAGAAUUCUGAUGUGUUUAGAUUAAUAUGGCUCGUUGAAAUAAUUUAAUCAUACAAACUGACGUUCUUAGAAAGAUAUAGUUCGGACAACUGUCGCUUUCCAUGUUUCAUAUUUUCCAAUUUUUAUUCUUGAAAUAGUAGAUACGUAGGGAGAAGUACCGCAACGAUUCGUCAAAGUAAUCUUAAGUUAAU